UGCAACACUUUGCGAAUCGUCAUCUUACUCUUUAGGGUAGAUUUGUAUUGUAAGUGCCUUCAAGAGGAGUCUGCACUCUACAAUUAAGAGAAAAACAAAGAUUAGUUAAAGGAACUAACACAGCCAGAAUUUCACCCUAUGAAUAUCUUCAGUCCAUUUGUAGCCAUAUUCCCAGCCAGGGCACUGACUUCUUCCUCCUGCCGUGACAAUCGCUCAACCAACUCCAUACAGCCUGUCAUCAUGGAAGACUACGAUGUGGACAUGGAUGAAGAAGAGGACGGAGAUGUAUUUAUGAGAAAGGCCACUGCGGGACAUUGGUGGGAGGACUGUGGAGAUGAGGGCACGCAAAGCCAAAGAGGAGGAAGAGGCUGCAUGGUAAACAGCCAGAGUUGGGCAGAGGAGCUUCAGGAUAUCUUUGUACCACAGGCAAAAGACUGUUACAGUGAAGGGCGAAGCAGACUGUCCAGCAUUUCUGCCCAGAGGAAUGAGAGAGAGUCCAUCCGGCAGAAACUUGCCCUUGGCAGUUUCUAUGACGACGAGCCAGUCAUCUAUACCAGCUGCAGCAAGAACGGCCCGUCCUCCCGGCUGCAGAGCGGAGUGAACCUGCAGGUGUGUUUUGUGAAUGACAGCAGUAGUGACAAAGACAGCGAUGCUGAGGACAGCAGGACAGAGACCAGUCUGGACACACCAUUAUCCCCCGUGAGCAAGCAGAGCUCAUCAUUAUCGGACCGAGACACUGCGGAGGAGGACUCGGACCCGUUGGAUGACUGCAGUGGGUUUUGGCGGGUACAACGGAGGUUGCAGGAGGAGGCCCGCGUGGCAUUGGCUUUAGCUCGACCCAUGGCUCGCAUGCAGGUGGAGGUGGAGAGGCAAAUCCAACUGCACAAACGUUCGCCUGUGGCUGACAUGCUUCCCCAUCUGCCCCACAUCAGCGAGUGCCUGAUGAAGAGGAACCUCAGACGAGGGGACAUGAGGGACAUGAGUCUAGGACAGCUGCAAGUCAUCACAAAUGACUUGCACUCACAGAUUCAGAGUCUAAAUGAGGAGCUUGUGCAGCUGCUACUGAUGAGGGAUGAGCUGCAUGUGGAGCAGGACGCCAUGCUGGUGGACAUAGAGGACCUCACUAGGCAUGCUCACAGCCAUCAGCGGCACCAGGCAGAGAAAGCAAUGUCCAAAUAACCACCCCAUCUCAACAUGUGUUCAUCUGCACGCCAUCUUACCUCCUGCUCCAUGAACUGACACCAGUGUUACUAAUAAAGUCCAUCUGUGAUGACUGUUUAUGGAGAGAUGAAUCCACAUUUUACUGUAAUACUAACACACGAACACACACGUAAUGUAUUGCACCACAGGAUGUAGGACAAAGGACUGGCAUCUUUAAGAAGCCAAGUCAUCACCACUCUGUAUGGAUGGAGUUUGUGUAAGGCAUUUCACUUCACACUAAGCACGAUUUAAUCAUGCAUUAUUUCAUAGAAUUAAGAGAAUCCUCCUCUUCUCUUGCCCUGAUUUACCUCUUUAUGAUUUUGCACAGUGACUUCUAGGGGCCACUACUGUCUUUAGUUUGUCUCAAGAGGAUUGAUCUGUUCCUCUGUAGAUAUGCUCUGUUCAGGUGUUUUUGAUCUUUCUUUCACAAAGAGCACUGCACCAUCACUGUUUAGCACUGGAUUUCACUGUUAGACACUUUCUACUGUCUGAGCUGUUGCAAUAAAAAAAAGGUUAACAUCCUGGGCUAAUUAACAGCAUAGCUUCACAGGCAGCAGCUUAAAGAGAACUAAUAAGUAUCAUUUGGACAAAAUAUUACAUUUAACUGAAUAGCUGCUAAAGCUUAAAGUCACUUUAAAGAUGCAUUAAGAGCAAAUUAUUAUACUUUAAAGGGUAUUUGCAAAAGUGCUCUAUGUACUUGAUAUUAUGAGCAAAUGAUAAGAUAUGUAAAAUAUCAUAUGGUUUGAUUAAACAGGGCUAUUAAAAACAAACGUGGAGACAUGUGAACAUAAACAGCCCAACAUAAUGAUAUAAGACUUUGUUUCCCAUUAUGCUAAAUCUACUAAUGCUAAUAAAGCAUAACCAUGAACAAAAAUAUGUAUAAAUAUAAAUCCCAGCAUACACAUAUAUCUAUUUUAUCUGUUCAGAGAGAGGAGCUUUAUGGACGUACUGUAUGUAAAUGUUAAAAAAUACUCUAUUAUGAAAGGAUGAAGAACAUGCCUUGUUGGCUGUACUUAAAUGUUUUCACUCGCACCUUUUUAAGAAUGUCACUUAA